CUUUGGACUCACGAAGAAGAGCUGAGAGAUACAGCGGAGGCUCUUUAGAGACAGAGACAAAGCUACUCCACUACAAAGUAAAUCAGAUAUUUUGGCUCUCUCUUGGGGGCUUAUUUGGUGUGCCACCCAAGCAAGGAAACUAUGGAGCAUUACAGAGAUCAGGGAUGUGAUGGCACUGAGCUGCUCGACUGGCUGUUUGAUCAAAAUGAUAGCACUGAGAAGCUUGAAUGGCUGUUUGAUCAAAACGAUGGCAAACUUCGUCAUGAGGAAAGAGAACACCAUGGCAACCAUCACACCUGGCCAAUACAGGAUCUAAAUAUGCUACGGCCGGCCGAACAGGCAGACAAUGACUUCCUCAAUGCCCUCCUGACUGGAAGUGAUUCUGUGUCAGGCUCACCUCUCUGGUCCCCUUCUCCCAGUGACAGUGGAAUCAGCGAGGACCCUCCGUCAGACCAAAUGGACAGCCCUCAGCGUCCCGAGAGCCCCCCUGGUGAUGCUCAGUAUUUCACUCCGAGGCCACAAUCUAAGGCAUCCCUAGAAGCCAAUGUCUCCACUGACUUCAAUGGCUUUGGGAUGCCUGCAUUCCCAAAGGGCAAGACAAGGAUUGCACAAUAUCCCUCUGAAGUACAUAGGCCCCAGCUGUCCUCUGGCUUCCAGCUAACUGUCAAGGAUCUGCUACUGUCUGGCACACCAGAACUUCCCCCGCACCCCUCCCAACAGUCCAUCCAGGAGCUGAUUCUUAAUGAAGAUGAAAAGAAGCUUUUAGCAAAGGAGGGGGUGACUCUACCCAGCCAACUACCUCUUACAAAGUAUGAAGAAAGGAUUCUGAAGAAAAUACGCAGAAAGAUACGCAAUAAGCAGUCUGCCCAGGAGAGCAGGAAGAAGAAGAAGGAGUAUAUUGAUGGACUGGAGAACAGGAUGGCUGCCUGCAAUGCUCACAACCAAGAACUGCAGAGAAAAGUCUCCCAGCUGGAGAGAUGCAACAUGUCACUAAUGGAACAGUUGCGCAGGCUACAGGCUCUGGUCAUGAAUACAUCUAACAAGCCAGCCCAGACUGGGACCUGUGUGCUGGUGCUCUUGCUGUCCUUCUCCCUAAUCCUGUUCCCCAGCCUCAAGCCGUUCUCGGACACCAAGGUCAGCCAAGGAGACUUCAGUCCAGUCAGAAUCCAGUCACGGUCCCUGCAGAACCUUCAGGCUUCCCGUGUGCUGCACUUCAGUGACCCACCUUUCCCCGCUGAGGAUGAAUCAGAGCAUCUGCACCGGCAUUUCCCAGGAGAGCGGGAAUUGGACGAUAUUAACGCACUGAUGGGAAAGCUGGGAGUGAACCAAGACCAGUCCGGUUUGGAGUCCGUGUCUCUGAACAGCAGUCAGGAAGAACAAAUGGGUCAUUUUCACAUAGACCCAAUUACUGGUCACAUAGCCACUUUGACCUUGGAUCCCCACCGAUCUGCCAGGCUGCGACCACAUGCUGAUGACAUGUAAAAAGAAUGAAUAAAUUAUGCCCUCAUGAAUUCCCCAACCCGUCCUCCUAAUGGUAGAGCAGGGAAAUAUCUGGGGAUGCUGUUUACACAGACAGGGAAAUUAAGUUUUAAUCAUUCCUGUUUUGUCUUUAAUAUACACUUAGUAUAUCUGUGUGCCUUUUCCUUAUUUGUGAUACUGUUUUAUACAUCAUUAGAUGAAUUUGAAUCUUAAGCUGAAAUUGCUUGUCAAGUUAAAUUUGCAUGUUUGAAUCCUGGCUUUGAUAAAAUGCCUGUGUAAAUUAGUAUGUUUCAGACUGGGUAAAUGGAGCUGUGAUGAUGUGUACAGUUUUGAUCCAAAUGGAUAAUUUGUAAAAUGUUCAAGGAUUUUGAAAGCAUGGUUUCACUGAGGAAUUGAUUGGAUGUUGUCAAGGCUCAUUCAUGGGUAAAAAUGCCUCAAAUAAAAGAUGCCAAAGGGA